AUGCCGAAACCUGCCAGCGGAAAGCUGGAGGUUUCCCAGGAGAUCCACAGGCAGUUCAAAGCUGGAGGUCAACAGCGAAAAUGCUUGUUGGACAUGUUGGUGAAAUCUAAGGGCAACAAGGAAGUAUUUCUGAAAACCAUCGAGCACCAGCAGAAAAAGUCCCGGAAGAACAACUUGCAUGUGGAAAAGGGGUUCUACACCAAAGCAAACAUGAAGAAGGACUUAGGAUGGGAUGCGGAUAGGAUUAAAGCUGCAGUGAAAUACUGCGCUGACCCACGCAGAGCCAAGACUCACGUCAGGCGGGACAAAUACCAGAGCCACAUCAAGGAGUAUUGGGUGGAUGUGCAAACAACCGGCAGUUUCGAUGAUGAGAAUGAAGAAACCUUUGUAGAUAAGACCACGGAGGAGGGACAAGCUGCGUCCUUCGACUUGGGGCUCCCAGCCACUGACCCAUGCGCAGCAGCACGAGGUGAAGAUGAGCCUGAGCCAGUGGACACCGACCAUGAGGUCGACGAUGACAUGGACGACGGCACCAGCAGCAGAAUGAGCAGAACACGGGUUCCCCCCAGAAGUGAAGUUCAAAAAGAACACGCCCUAGAGGCUGGGUCCACAAAAAAGGUGAAAUUGUAA